AUGUCCACUCAGCAGCCCUCGCCCACGCCCACACCUACGCCCAUCGACUUUCCCCCGUCUCUCAAGCCCAUCAUCCAUCUCCCACCAGCGAACAAACCAACCAACGCGAUUGUCUUCCUUCCUGGCCUAGGCGACACGGCCGGCAAGUUUGCUUCAUUCCCGCGCGCUCUGAACCUCCCCGACGCCUUGACGAUUACGCUAAACCCGCCAUACCCGCUACCAUUCCCGCUCGGCCCUGGCGAUCAGUGGUCCGAAGAUCUCCAAGUCGACACAAGCACUGGCACUCUGGACGCAGACUCGCCUCUGACCAAAAGUGCAGAACUGGUCGCCAAGGACGUGAUCCAGAAGGUCCUCCUCGACAAGUUCGGCUUCCGGCCUGACCAUGUCCACCUGUUCGGCUUCGGCCAAGGUGGUUCGCUCGCUCUGUCAGUGCCGCUGCACCCGUCACUCUCCUCCUUGUCGUUGGGAGGUAUCGUUUCGAUAGGGGGAUCCUUGCCGCUAUCUAUGGCCCUCCCAAGCACGAGCACGGGCACGGGCACAGGCACGGGCAACAGCACUUCCAAGAACAAAACGCCGAUUCUGCUUUUAUCCGGCUCUAAAUCGCCGUUGGCCUCGGUGGACUCUAGCCCUCUCAAACGCGUCAACUCGGUCUACGAGCAUGUGAAGUACCAUCGAUGGAAGAAAGCGGAUGACUCGAUGCCCAAGAACAGAGAAGAGGUUCUUCCCAUGAUGCAGUUCUGGGCGCAGACGCUGAAGAGCAGGCGUGGUGUGCCUGACGACGCCGUCGAGAUUGGCUGA